GGGCUGUGCCACGGUGGGGUGCUCCCUGCGCCACCCACAGCCAAGAGGUGAUCUGAGAAUCGCUGCUCACACCAGACCAACUGCUGACUGUCCGCAGGGCAGGAGCCGCCCGGGACCCCUGCCCGGCCAGCCGGGGGGGACGCACCAGCACGGGCUGGGAGCACACUCGGACCUUGCGUCACCGCUUACAGUGGGGUCCAGGCUGGAUCCGUCCCCAUCGCCAGAGCGCCGGGGGUCCCCGCCGGUAGCCCACGUGAGGCCUGGCAGCAUGGCGGCCCCGGGGGGGGCUCUCGGAGGCGCCGAAAGAGCUUUGGACAGACACGACAUCCCCGAUGGCUCUCUGGCUGCCCGCUCAGCGGGAGUGAUCGUGUCAUUCCAAAGCCGUCUCUCUCCGAGGGACGGAUCCUGCCCAGGCACCGCUCACCCCUCCUGGCACUGGGGGACUGCGGGGGGCCAGGGAGAGCCUGUCACGGGACGGCGGUGGCAGGAAGCUCGUGCAGCAUCUCACAACCUGCACCGCCCCAGCACAGGUGGCCACAUCCACACUGUGGCCAGCAGCCGGGGCUGCCACUCGGCACGCUCGCCCUGGCAGUUAGUCCCCAGGAAGCGAGCCGCUAUUUUUAGCCGUCGGGGGCACGAGACCCCUGGAGAGCCCCCAGCCCCGGCGCAUGGGGCUGAGCUGCGAGGCUGGGCACCAGUGACCCCCCAUCCUGACACCCCCCUUCUCCCAGUGUGGCCCCCACACGCUGCCCCAGCCCUAUGGAGGGGUUGGAGUGGGGCAAGCAGCUCUUGCCCAGUGCCUGGCCCGGCGUGGGGCGGCAGUGGGCAGCAGGGUGGGGGGGCGCGUGGGGCGAGGCGGGGGCGGGAGCGCGGGUAACGAAACCCCAGGGCAGCUGGGCGCAGCGGGGACAGCUGCUUUUGGGAUUCCGUUGCCCGCGCCGGCGCCGUGGAAAGACGGGCACGGGGGCCACCGCCAUGCCACCCUGACACUGGGGCGGCCGGCGGGCCGAAGGGGAAGAGGGCUACUUACCGCCGGGGACCGGGACGGAUGAGCUGCGUGGGAGCCACAGCCGGGCCGCUUGUGGCUGGGGGUGCCGGCAGAGGCUGGGGUUGUGCCGCGGGCUCCCCCCGCGCAGCGGGCCUGGUGCCAAGGGGAGGGCGGCACGGCUGAGCCAAAAGGAAACUGCUCCGAACAAAGCCCCGGUGGGGCUGGAGCAUCUGGUGCCAGCCCAGCAGCCCCCGGCGGGGCCCGGAAACCCGAGCCAUCCCCGAGGGAGGGCACCCGCCCCGGCACCUGUGCCCGGCGGCAGCGGCGGCACGGCACGGCCCCGGCUGCCGCCAGCGCCUCCGGAAUCUGCCGCCCGGCCCCAGCGAGGCGGCCCUCGGGCACCCGCCACAGGGGGAAGUGAAACCGUGUGGGGAACCCCACCAGCUCCAGGCAGUGCUCGCCAAGGGGGGACCCGGGACCCUGCCGUUGACGGAGGGUGCCGGUCUGUGGGGUGCUGGGGAUUCCUGAUGCCUCCCCACCCCAGCACGGCACGGCACGGCGCGACGGCGGGAAAGGUGCCGUCGCCGACGCCGGGGAGCUCCCCAGUAACCCCCGCCGUGUCGGGGCUCUGGCUGGCCCCGGCUGGGUGGCGCAGGGCGGGGGACGUGGGUCCCCGGCCCCAGGACACCCCCCCUGAGCCCCCGGUCCCCCGCCACCCGCUGCCACCAGCCCCGCCGAGCGUGGCACGGAGGGGAGGGGGAAGAGGGACCCGGCCGCCGGCCGUCCUCAGGCUCGGGGGUCUCAGCCCCCGCUGGCGGCAGCCGCCCCACGGCGGGGCGCGCCGUGCCGGGGGCAGGGGACCGGGGCAGAGGCCGUGCCGGGGGCGCAGCAGGGAGGCCGGGGAGCCGGGCCGAGCCCGGGGGGCAGCCCCGGGGCACCGGCGGGGCCGGGCCCGGGGCCGGGCGGCGUGCGGGCGGGCGGGCGCCCCGCGGCAGCGGGACGGGAGCGCAGCCGAGCCCCGGUCCCGCUCCCUCCCCGCCGCCCGGCCCGGCCGCCCCGCGGGGUGGCGGGGACCCUGGACCGGGAGCCGCCCGCUCCCCUCUCACCUCCGGCCCCGCAGCCUCCGGCGCAGCAGCCCGGGCCGGUCCGCGGCCCUCCGCGGCGGCGGGGAUCGGGGCGCCCGGGGCGGGACCCCCCGGCGCCGCCGGGGGCAGGGCCGAAGCAGCGCAGCCCGCCGUGCCCGCCCCCCCACCCCCGGCGCCCCGCACCCGCCGUGCCGCUCCCUGCCCCGCCGCCGCUUUCGGUUUCGCUCCGGCGCCGGCCGCAGCCCGCCCCGGGCGCACCAGGCCGCCGUGCCGGCCUCACCGCCUCACACCAGCGGACGACGAACUCUAUCAGCGGACACGGCUGACGGUGCUGGAGCCGGAGUCCCCCAACACCAUGUUCAUCGAGGGCUACAGCAGCCGCGGCUUCACCAUCAGCGGGGACCUGGUGGUGGGACCCUGCGCCGUCCUGCCCCGCACCAUCCUCCAGUGGAAUUGCCCUCGGUGUCCCCGCAGGUUGGCUCCUACAGGGACAUCUCGCAUGAGAGUCUGUCGCUGUUCCGGCUGCUGGAGCCCCAAAUAGCCAAACGCAUGUGCAACCUUCAACUUCCUAACCAGUGAAAAGCGUGUGGCAGCUGCUGGGCUCAUCCCUCCACAGGGCACCUACACGAGGAUGUAGGUGCUGCCUGCCACGGCCGCGAGCUGAGCAGCUUUUCCCUUGCCUGCCUGAAGCUCCUGAGUGUCACCGCUUUCCAGUGGAGAAAUGCUUUGGACUAAACUGUUGGAGCUGCUGGCUGGGUAGUGACUCUGCACACAGGAAGGUGCUGUGAAAUGCGUGGGCUCUGCUCUACCCCGAAGUCCCUGGCUUCUCGGCCUCCUUGCCCAGUCUGGGCUGGGGGCUGCAGGGCAUGGCACGAGGCAUGAGCAUUGCUGGCAGCACCUCACCCACAGCCCUGCCGUUCUGCCGUGGUGCCGGGUGCCUUGGCAGCAAGAAGCUAUUGCCCCAAGGCAGGGUGGAGGCUGGUGGGGUGAGCUGCACACUCCCGGGCACGUUUGGGGCUCCACAAGGGAAAUACAUGUAAAUUGGAAGUACAAAGCAAUUGCGUAGUGGUUAAUGCACAGCAGAGCAAGGCUGUAACGCACUGAUGGUGUGUGUGCUUGCUGCCCUGUGGAGCUGGCUGGGUGGUGGGGAUGGGCUGUGGCUGCUCCCUGGGCAGCAUGUGUGGUGCCGGGGUGCCACCUGCCAGCAGCUCCCUGAGCAUGGCCGGCACAGGCAACUGGUGGGCCUCAGAUGGCACUGGCCUGUCCUGGGCUCUCCUGCGGGGUUUUGUGCUGCCCCGCAGUGCUGCUGUCCCUUGUGAAGCCUCGAGCUGCAGGUGGUCCCUGGAUGCUGCAACCCAUCUCCCUGCAGGCUCGGCUCAAGCAGGGGACGUGGAGAGGGUCACUGUCCUGUUGUCCCCCCCAACCUUGCACUGGGAUGUGGUUGUGGAUGCCACCCCUGGGACUGGGGUAUGUGUACCUGAUCACAGCCUUGUCCCCCAAACCCUGUCACCUCCACGGGCCCAAGGAGCGGGUGGGGGACGUGGCUGCAGUCCCCAGCCCUGAGUCAGCUGCAUUAAUGAAUGUUUGACACAAUUAUGUUGUAAUUCAAGGCUCUGGUUUUAGCAUGUGUAAAUGUAAUUUGACAUCACCGUG